AUGUAUUUAAGUCCAGUGCCCGAGACGUCUAAGACGGACAAACCUAAGCCACAAAUUAGCAGCAAAAUCGAUGACAAGAAUAUCGAUUGGCAGAAAUUGCGGACAACGAGACACAGCAGACAUCGACGCGAGAAACAUCGGAAACCCAGUAUUUGCAGCGAUUCAGAGACCGAGAGCAGCACAGGAGGCGCCCAUGCAUUAGACGAUCUGUGUUUGGGAAGCACCACAUCCAAGAAGUGGAGUCUUCCGCUGCCAAUUGUGACGCGUGGCAGUGAGUCCGACAGCACCAGCAGUUCAUGGAGUGCCCGAUCGGCCGAUGAGACCACCGAAGACGAGAGAAGUCCGAUCCCGAGUCCGAGUGCAUCCACACAGAGCUGCGAAGCGCUUAUCUCUGAAACACAGGCGUCCGUCGACGAGAUUAAAGCAAAGUGGAAACGACCGAAAAAGAUCUCCAAAGCGGCCGAAACUCAUAAACUGCAGCGAAUGAAGACAACUAAUUACGGCCGAUGCAAGAUCUGCGACACCUAUGUCUACUUCUGGGGCUUCCAGUGCACUGAGUGCGAAUUAAUCAGUCAUAAGAAAUGCCUGAAGAAGAUGACCAUAAUGUGCGCGAGAGCUCCCUUACCUCCGAAGUCCAACAUCAUAAACAUGGAUCUGACGACCACUGAACACGAGGUGCCGGUUCUGGUGGUGAAGUGCACUCUGGAGAUCGAGCGCAGGGGUUGUCUCACUCCCGGCAUAUAUCGCAUGACUGGUGUCAGCUCUCGGGUGCAGAAGAUACUGAAGAGCUUCGAGAGCGGUCCGCAUCUCAUCGAUGUGAGUGAUGUCACGCCAAACGACUUGUGUUCAGUACUUAAAGUAUUUCUGCGUGAGUUAAAACAUCCGCUCAUCACAAAUGAUGUCUACAAGGAGUUCAUAGACAUCGGACGCGUCUAUAAACACGACACGGAUAUCGGGGAGAAGAAGACAGAACUGGUGCAGGCGUUGCGGUCGGGCAUCAAUAAGUUGCACAAAAACCAUAGAUCGACCCUUUCUUACCUCAUUCAUCACUUGAAGCGAAUUACAAACUUUCACGAACACAACAAUAUGUCACCAAACAAUUUAGGCAUCAUAUUUGCGCCCACCAUAUUCAGGCCCAGGGAAGCCAUAAAUGACUUGUUCACUGAAGUGUUUGAAGCCGGACCUCAGGCGAGAGUCAUAGAGUUAAUGAUAACGUAUGUGAACGAAGUUUUCGGACAUCAAUCACAAUCAACUAAAUUUUCCUAUGAAUUUGUAAAGUAAUCAAUCAAUUAAUUAUUAUUAUUUAAUGUUUUCAAUAUUACGAUUAACUUAUAUUUAAUGAACUCAUCGACCAAAC